UCUCCUAGGGAAUUCCAUUCGGGGCUCAUGUUAUAUCGUUAUUUCUGACCAGUUCUGACUACUGCUUAGUGACGAUGGACGCUGCUUAAUCUCUCUGUAGAAUUGUGUAUCUUCCAUCAAAAGAGCAGUCUUUUGGUAUUUAAAGAAUUUGAAUUACUAAAUAAUCCGACGGCAAUAUGUCGCUGGACGAGAAAUUUAAUCAAGCCGCUGAGGAGGUUAAGCAAUUGGUGACGCAGCCAUCCGAUGCAGACCUUCUCGAAGUUUAUGCACUUUUCAAACAAGCCACUGUGGGCGACAAUAAUACAACACGACCUGGCAUGUUGGAUUUUAAAGGCAAGGCCAAAUGGGACGCCUGGGAAGGUAAGAAAGGACUGAGUCAGGAUGCAGCUAAAGAACAAUACAUUACAAAAGUGGCGACAUUGGUUGCAUCAAUCGGCAAAAAGUAGAAUUAUAUUUACACUCCAGGAUGCAUUUAUGCAAUGCAAUAUUUCUGCUUGUUCAAAAAAUUUAAGCACAAAAUGACAACCGACGUAUCCAAAACGGUUUUAAAAAAAAUGAAAAAUAUAACUUCCAUAGGCACUGGCCUUCUUUUUGUGAUUCAUUCAUAACGUAUAUCUUAUAUGAAAUAUGUAUUUUAUUAAACAAGCCACUAUACCGCUGUAUUUUCUUUAAUCUACCUUUGUAUCAAUUUUCGGGAGCAAAUACAAAUUCAAAAUAGUUAAUUGUG